AUGUCGCGAAUGCUCGUCCUCUGCUUUCGGGCCGUCCAGGGCCUCAUGGCUGCUGCCAGCAUCGCCCUGGCAGCAUAUGUUGUCAAUUGGCAUCUCAGGGGCUCCCAUCUCUCGACGCCGCCCUCCAUCGUCUUCCUCCUCUUCUCGCCCAUCUUCACCAUCGCCUCUCUCUUAUACAUUGAAUUGGCGCCGCGUUUCGCCCCGAAGAAAGCCACCCAUCCGAUGACAUCGUUAUGUAUUGAAAUCACCAACUGCAUCUUCUACUUUGCCGGAUUCAUUGCCGUGGCCGUUUGUCUGAGCGAUAUAGCUUUCUGUGACGGCUCGGUGUGCAUGGCAGGUCGUGGUAUCGCAGUCCUGGCAGCAGCGCAAUUCAGCUUGUGGAUGGCAUCGGCCAUUCUCGCGGCAAAGAGCAUGGUUAAGGGCGAGAGGCGGCCCAAGUGGCCGGGUUUGAGGCGAGGCUUCCGGGACUUGGAGCUGUAG